GAAUCGGUUGUAAUACGAUACAAAAGGAAGUUUAAAUUUCGUCUUUGGUAUAUACCAUAUACACCAUGAAUUCCAAGUAGUAAGAAUUCCAUAUGUAGAGUACAGCACAGUUCUGAAGAUGUGAAAUGCCAAGCACAACAUAGACAUGACGGACACGAAAGAUGUUGAUUCUAUAUGGAUGAAGUGUUCUGAUGAUGGUAAAACAAAACCAUGGUUUGUAAUAUCCGUAAUUGGAGAUACAACUAGUAUUGUUCCCAGCACUUGGGAGAAAUCAGGAUUCCAGAGUAGUUUGAUAGAUACAGCUAAAGGAGCAAAAGAAUGUUGGAUCUUUCACAAAGGCGGAAAAGGAAAGCUGAGUGAGACUGUAAAGAAAGCAGUAGAGAAUUAUAGGGUGAUGACAGGGCAGCGGAUUCCUGAUGAUGAUAGAACAAACAGAAUGAAACAUUUCGAUAUCUGGAAAAAUGUAAACAGAGCCAAUAUCAAACUUAUAGCUAUUCAGUCCACUGAAAAACGACCGUCUUCAAAUUCCAGUAUAGAAAGUGACAAAUUCGACAAACAUUUUGAGAUAGCAGAUGACAAAUUUGCAGAUGUUCAUACGAACCUGCUAAAGAAAAUUGGACAUGAAAGGGUGAAAAUUAUGAAACUGCAAAAGGAUCUCACUAUCAGGAUCCCAGUGAUAGUGAUUGUAGCAGAGGGAGAUAUAAAGACAAUCAGACAUGUAGAUCAGAUCCUGCAACAAGGAAUACCGGUAGUUAUAAUAAAAGGUUCUGGAAAGGCUGCAGAUGUUAUAUCAGAGUAUCUUAUAUACGGUGAGGAUGUAUUAAAGAGUACAGCACCACUUUUGCUCGGUACAUACACACAUCAAGAUGAUCUCAUGAAUAUUGAGUUAUUGAUGAAGAGUAUUCAACGUCAAAGUCAUAUGAUAUCUAUAUUUGACGUUAAAGAUCCAACGCAACGUUCUUUAUCAGACACUACUACAGAUGCAAUUUUACGAACAUGGUCUAUAGGGACAACAAACAAUAGUCUACCGAACACACCAAGUCCAAUAAACAUAGAUUCCAUUAAACAGACAGGAAACAGAUCCAGAAUUCAAAAUGAAAAAUACCCUAUACCAAACUUGAAAGAAAUCGCAAAUUUUGAGGAAACUGAACCAGAUAGUUCGACAGAAAAAUCGAAGAGAAGGUCAAAUUUUCUUACACCUAUGGUGAAUAAUCGGGACACAGACUGUCCGGUACCAUUAGCCGAAGAACUUGCAACCCCUUCUUUUUCCAGAUCAAAAACACUAAACCCAGUUGGAGUAAAGACAUGGUUAAACCCAUCAUCAUUUCCGUUAUAUUUUUUCAUUGCAUAUCAACUUAUUCAGCUGAAAUUUAAGGAAGACGAAAAAAUGUGUCGUGAGAAUUUAACCUACCUCUUAGAGAAAGCCAUCGAAGCAGACAAAUUAGACUACGUUACUGUCUUACUUCAAGAACACGAUGUUCAGUUUGAUACAAGAUGCUUCCCACAUCUCUACGAGGAGACAGUAAAAUGCAAACUUUGUGAACACGACUGUCAGCAUCUUUACUCCGUGAUUAAGAUGAAAGGUGGAUCAAAGAUGCUUUUUGAUGAACAUGAUGAAUAUGACGACGAUAAUGGUUCUUUGUGCAUAGAAGCUGCUCGAGGGAUUUGUGCAACAUUUCUUCAUUAUCCAAGAGUCCAUGGGGUGUAUAAACAAGCAAUUUUCCAUGAUUUAUUGAUAUGGUCAUUAUUUGCACAUAGACCAAAAUUGGCGACAAUGUUCUGGAGAGCAUGUGAUGAUCAGCUAUUGACAUCUCUGUUAGCAACUGGUAUCUUGAAGAAAAUGGCGUCCAGCGCAAAGGAAAACGCAGACCAGUCUGUCUUUGAGGAUCUAAUGGAACAUGCAAGAGCAUUUGAACGUCGAUCCUUGGAGAUGCAGUCCACUUUGUACAAAGAUCAUCCAAAGGAAGCUAUGGAAUUGAUGACCACAGAGGUCAGUGUCUGGGAUAUCCAUAUCAGCCCUCUGCAGUGUGCGUAUGACAACGAUCUAUAUGACUUUAUAGCUCACCCGUGUGCACAAAGAUGUCUGAAUAACAUAUGGUAUAACAAACUGGGCACUAAUUUCUGGGCCUCGAUAAAGAAAGGAUUUAGAUGGAGAAAAAUUGGCGGGAAAUUAGCAAUCUGCAGAUUCCUGGCAGCUCCAUUCACAAAGUUUGUAAUAAAUUAUAUGAUUUUUCUGGCAGCUCUUGUCAUAUAUAGCGCUUUUCUGCUAACGUCUAUAAAAAGAUACGAAGAAAUAACUUGGUAUGAAGAGUUUGUUUACGUCUGGAUGUUUGCAGAUAUAAUUGAGGAGUAUGUGGUUCCAAAAGUGAUGGGACGAGAUGCCAAUACAGAUAAUUGGUACAGAUUUGGGAGAUACAUAGGCGAUUUUUGGAACGUUUUGGAUACAAUAUCAUACAUAACAACAUUUAUAGCCAUUGGAUUGCGUUUCAUUGAUCUUAAGUGGGCAAGACGUAUAUACAGUUUCAGCUUGUUCAUGGUCUACAUGCGGUUUCUUCAUUUCGUCCUCAUUUAUAGGAAAGUUGGAGUCUAUGUAAUUUUGAUCAAAGAAAUGAUGAGAGACUUGGCUCGCUUUUUCGUCAUCUUGAUCGUGUUUAUGGUGGCAGUUGGCGUAAUGUACCAUGCAAAUAUGUACCCAAACCAUCCUGACAUGUGGUCAUCACAUGGAGUUGAUCACUGGAGAAUAUGGAGGAUAUUGAACCUUCCUUAUUGGCAAUUAUAUGGAGAAAUAUUAUUAGAUACAUUGCAAGAUGAAGUUAAUACCACGUCGUGUUCAAAAGACGUAUCAGACUAUGAAUAUAACACGAACAUAGAAGAAUGUGUUGAAUCUGAUUGGAUAAUUUUAGUUAUUGCUGCCUUCUACAUGUUGUUAUCAAACUUGUUAUUAGUCAAUCUUGUGAUUGCUUUGUUCAGUGCACGUUUUGAGAAAGUCAGAUCAAAUUCAGAGAAAAUCUGGCGGUAUAUACGAUAUUCUUACAUAAUGGAUUACAAAAUAAGACUCCCAGCGGGGUUGAAUCUUGUCCUCCGACCUCUGAUGGCGUUUCUAUGGAUCUGUGACAAAUGUAGGAACAAUAAAGUUGAUGAUGAAUCGAACAAACACAAGCAAGAAGUGAAGCAUGCAGCAUUGGAACAUAUAAGAACAUUACAGUCUAUGUGCGUUGAACGAUGUAUAUAGGCCAUUUCUUCUUCUGUGGUUUUGAUAUCAGGACAUUUUUUUAGUACUUUAGAUCAAGGAUUUGGGAAUUGGAUAUUAAUGUGAAAUUGAAAGUUUUAAGUUAGUGUCCAUCUAUAUAUGCAUAGGUGUUAUAUUUUACACUAAGAAAGUGUUGAUCUUAGCUAUUGACAAUAUUAUUUCAAAUCAAUAGUUCGGACAGAAGUUUUCUCUUAACGAUUAAAACCAUUUUAAUGUCAGCAAAGUACUAUUCCAAAAAAAAAAAUACAAUAAUAUAACUAGAGGCUCUUAAGAGCCUGUGUCGCUCACCUUGGUCUAUGUGCAUAUUAAACAAAGGACACAGAUGGAUUCAUGACAAAAUUGUGUUUUGGUGAUGGUGAUGUGUUUGUAGAUCUUACUUUAUUGAACAUUCUUGCUGCUUACAAUUAUCUCUUUCUAUAAUGAACUUGGCCCAGUAGUUACAGUGGAAAAUAUUUUGUAAAAAUUUACAAAAAUUUACAAAAUUUAUGAAAAUUGUAAAAAAUUGACUAUAAAGGGCAAUAACUCCUUAAGGGGUCAAUUGACAAUUUUGGUCAUGUUGACUUAUUUGUAGAUCUUACUUUGCUGUACAUUAUUGCUGUUUACAGUUUAUCUCUAUCUAUAAUAAUAUUCAAGAUAAUAACCAAAAGCUGCAAAAUUUUCUUAAAAUUACCAAUUCAGGGGCAGCAACCCACGUAGUGUUGCCUGAUUGGUCUGAAAACUUCAGGGCAGAUAGAUCUUGACCUAAUGAACAAUUUUAUCUUGUCAGAUUUGCUCUAAAUGCUUUGGUUUCAGAGAUAUAAGCCAAAAUCUACAUUUUACCCCUAUGUUCUAUUUUUAGCCAUGGCGGCCAUCUUGGUUGGUUGGCCGGAUCACCGGACACAUUUUUUAAACUAGAUACCCAAUGAUGAUUGUGGCCAAGUUUGGUCAAAUUUGGCCCAGUAGUUUCAGAGGAGAAGAUUUUUGUAAAAGAUUACAAAAAUUUACGAAAAAUGGUUAAAAAUUGACUAUAAAGGGCAAUAACUCCUUUGGUCAAGUUGACUUAUUUGUAAGAUCUUACUUUGCUUAACAUUAUUGCUGUUUACAGUUUAUCUCUAUCUAUAAUAAUAUUCAAGAUAAUAACCAAAAACGGCAAAAUUUCCUUAAAAUUACCCAUUCAGGGCAGCAACCCAACAACGGGUUGUCAGAUUCAUCUGAAAAUUUCAGGGCAGAUAGAUCUUGACCUGAUAAACAAUUUUACCCCAAUGUCAGAUUUGCUCUAAAUGCUUUGGUUUCAGAGAUAUAAGCCAAAAUCUACAUUUUACCCCUAUGUUCAAUUUUUAGCCAUGGCGGCCAUCUUGGUUGGUUGGCCGGGUCACCGGACACAUUUUUUAAACUAGAUACCCCAAUGAUGAUUGUGGCCAAGUUUGGUCAAAUUUGGCCCAGUAGUUUCAGAGGAGAAGAUUUUUGUAAAAGUUUACGGACGACGGACGCAGGAUGCAGGACGACGGACGACGGACGCCAAGUGAUGAGAAAAGCUCACUUGGCCCUUUGGGCCAGGUGAGCUAAAAAUGAAAGAUAUAUGAAAUACAUUUAUUUCUUUUAUUGAAAAUAAUGAUUACUUUGA